UUCCAUUUGGAAGUUCCAGUCCCUACUUCUAACCUGGAAUGACACCAUAAUGCAGCCCUCUCUGACAUAAACUUAUAACUCUGUUUGCCACAUAAUCAGACUUCUAAUGUCUCCUAGCAGUGGCUCAUGGUAGUAGUAUUUCCUUUAAUGUAAAAAUGUGCCUAUUUGCAGUCACUGCCUCUACCACCAACAGAGCCUGAGCUUCGAGGAAAAGACAGUGCUCACUAUCCAGUGUGCUGUUAAAACAUGGUGGAUUACUAUGAAGUUCUAGGAGUACAGCGAUAUGCUUCACCUGAGGACAUUAAAAAAGCUUAUCAUAAAGUGGCACUUAAAUGGCACCCUGAUAAAAAUCCGGAAAAUAAAGAAGAAGCAGAGAGAAAAUUCAAAGAAGUAGCUGAGGCAUAUGAGGUAUUAUCAAAUGAUGAAAAACGGGACAUUUAUGAUAAAUAUGGAAAGGAAGGAUUAAAUGGUGGAGGUGGAAGUCAUUUCGAGGAUGAAUACGAGCAUAGCUUCAUAUUCCGUAAGCCAGAUGAUGUCUUUAAAGAAAUUUUUAGGGAAAGGGACCCAUUUUCAUUUCACUUCUUUGAAGACUCACUUGAGGAUCUUUUAAAUAGUCCGAGAAGUUUCUAUGAGAGCAGAGGAAGUGCAGGAUCCUUUUUCUCUACCACCAGUGAACAUCCAACUUUGGAGAGAUUUUCUUUCUAUGAUACAGGAUAUACAUCAUAUAAUUCACUGGGGCAUGAGGGCCUUCCUUCAUUCUCUUCCCUGGCAUUUGAUGAUAGUGGGAUGUGCAACUAUAUAUCUUUUACAACUUCAGGCAAGAUUAAUGGCAGAAACAUUAAUAUGAAGAAAAUUAUUGAGGAUUAUCAAGGAAUAGAAGAUAUACAAGAUGAUGAGUUGAAAUCCUUCUUUGUAAAUGGUGUGGCAGAUGAAGACAGCUUUGCAGCAGAAUGCAGCUGCAGAAGACAUUCAUUUAACAAUUACUCACCUAAUUUCUAUAGCCCCAAAUAUGUACCUCAAUAUACUUUUGUGGACAAUGAUGAGCAAGGUAUACCUUUCAUUACCAGCAACUGGGAUCCCUCUAUUUUCUCAGCAGGAUUCAAAGAAGAUGGUAAGAGGAAAAAAAAGAAGCACAAAGAAGUGCAGAAAAAGAAGUCAACCAAAAGGAAUCUCUAAACUGACUUUAGACACAUUAUGUUCAUAUAACAUUUGAACAUGACUCUUUGUGUGUUUUGGUUAAUUACAGAGUUUUAUAGAUAACAUUUGUUUAAUACUAUCCAAGGUUAUGUUUUUGACCUUUUAAUUAGGUUUACGAGCAUUGGUCUAUAGCUUGGAUUAGGUAUGUCAGAAAAACAUGAUCUUAUGGUAACAUGGGGAUGUUAAAACUUUGGAAAACUGAAAAUAUUUAUUUUUUAUUUUUGAGCUAUUUACAUAUAGAAUUUGUCCCGACUAGAGUUUAUGACCUACUUCAUUCCUUUUAUCUGACUAAAACCACUAUACAAACUUUUGAAAUAUGUAUAGCAUUAGUGGACAAAUGUAUUAAGAUACACAGGUUCAGACUAUAUACUUUUAUCAUGAAAUGACUUUUUCCCAGUGGAGGCACAGCAUUUUAUACAUGACUUAAAGAUACUACAAAUUAAAGUAUAAAAUUUUUUUCUUUUGGGUUGAAAUAGACUUAUAUUUGUACAAACAUGUUCACAGCUGUAGUAUUCAAAACAACCAAGAGGAGGAAGUAACCCAAAUAUCUACCAACAGAUGAACGUAUAAAACAUGGUGUGUACACACAAAUAUUAUUCAGCCUUAGAAAGAAUGUAUCAUAUGCUACAACAUGGGUGAGUUUUCAGGACAUUAUGGUAAGUGAAAUAAGCCAGUCACUCAAAGACAAAUACUGUAUGAUUCACUUAGAUAACAUAUCUAAAGUAGUACAAUUCAGAAAGUAGGACACUGGUUACUAGGGACUGGGAAGAAGGGGAAAAAGAGGAGUUUAUGGUCAUGGAGCUUCAGAUUUGCCAUAUGAAAACAUUUUGAAGAUGUUUCACAAGAAUGUGAAUAUACUAAUAUCAUUAAACUGGAUAUUUUAAAAUGGUUAAUACAGUAAAUCUUACAUAACAUGUAUUUUACCAUAAUUAUUUUUUUCUUUUGCUAUGGGGGACUGAACCCAGGGGUGGUCAACAAUUGAGCAACAUCCCCAUUCCAUUUUUAAAAGUUUGAGACAGGGUCUCACUAAGUUGCUGAAGCUGGCUUGAACUUGUGAUCUGCCUGCCUUAGCCUCUUAAACCACUGGGAUUACAGGCAUGUAAUCCUAGCAGUAAGCUAGGCCACAAUUUUUUAAAAAAGCUAGUAUUAUCCAGAUUUUUCAGAGGAAUCUGGCUAUAUCAUAUGUGGCAACCUAUCAUUCAUUCACUUCUAUUUUCAUCUGAAGUUUGUACUCAGGAUCAACAAACUCAUUAUUCUAAAAUACUACCUAUGUCCUUUUAAAUUUAGGGUCAUGUUGGGAGAAAACAGAUGAGCUACAAAUAACAUUGGGUAUCAAGCAAGUAGUCUGAAGUAAAUAUCUGCAUAUAUUUAUUUCUUUUUAAAAUGUGUUAACUUUGAUUCAACACUAUUCACUAUUUGUAGCUUCCUGUAAUGAUUUCAGUUUCAAAAUAUAUUGUCUCUCAAUUUUUUUUUCAUUAGCACUUUUUGAGUACCUGCUAUUUGUCAGGCAGCGUUAUAUAGGUUCUUGGGGUAUAACAGUGAACAAAACAACAAAAAUCUUAGCUGUAACAGUUACAAACUAGAGAUAAAAAAUAAAUAUUAAAAAACAAUCUGGCUGGGUACAGUGGUGCACACCUGUAAUCCCAGUGACUUGGAAGGCUGAGGCAGGAGGAUCACAAGUUCAAAGCCAGCCUUAAUAACCUUGUGGAGCCCUCAAAAACCUAGUGAGACCCUGUUUCAAAAUAAGAAACAAAAAAGGCUGGGAAUGUAGCUCAGUUUUAAAGCACCCCUGGGGGGCUGGGGAUGUGGCUCAAGUGGUAGCGCGCUCGCCUGGCAUACGUGCGGCCUGGGUUCGAUCCUCAGCACCACAUACAAACAAAGAUGUUGUGUCCGCCAAAAAACUGAAAAAUAAAUAUUAAAAAAUUCUCUCUCUCUC